AUGCUCGUCCGACCUGAUGUAAGCGUCCCUGAAGAAGUCGUGCGCUAUGAAGGUGCUCUUACUUCGAGGCUGAGAAUCGGAGUGACUUCCACACUCCGAUCAGAAGUGAUCCAGACAGCAACGGAUGCGAUGAUGUGUAGGGGAUUUUCUAUUACCCUUAUAGGAUCCGCUCGGAGUUGGUAUCGUCAGCUCAAACCCAAUUCCAUCGGUUCCUUCGCAAAGUUAAGCCGACUAUUCCUUACCCGGUUUAUAAGUGGUAAGAGAAGUAAAAAACCCAACACUCACCUGCUCGCCAUCAGACAAGGGCCAAAAGAGUCGCUAAAGGACUACAUUGCUCGCUUUAACGAGGAAGCGUUACAGGUAGAAGAUUACAAUGACAAAAUGGCACUUGCUGCGGUGUUCAAUGUUCUGAAAGAAGGAAGGUUCACUUUCUCCAUUAGGAAGAGCCCUCCAAAGACGUUAUCGGACUUCGUCGUAAGAGCCCAAAAAUCCGCUAAUGUCGAGGAGUUUACUAAUGCCACAAAAGUGUACAAGUAA